CGCUGGGACCCCGGCUUGCCAUGAGCCUCCGGGCCGCAGGCGGCAGCAGAGGGCGGCGGGGCCGAUACAAUGUAGCGAGGGCGGCGGGGCGGGUUACAAUGUAGCGAGGGCGGCGGCGGUCAGGUGGGAUGCUAUGGAAUAUGAUGAGAAGCUGGCCCGGUUCCGGCAGGCCCACCUCAACCCGUUCAACAAGGAGCUUGGGCCGAGGCAGCAUGAGCAGAGGGCCAGUGAGGAGGCCCCAGAAGUCGCUUCUGAAGAGGCCCUGCUCGAGCUGCCCCCUGGAGAGCCAGAGUUCUGCUGCACUGAGCGAGUGAUGGAUCUGGGCUUAUCUGAGGACCACUUCUCCCGCCCUGUGGGUCUGUUCCUGGCUUCUGACAUCGAGCAGCUGCGGCAGGCUAUCGAGGAGUGUAAGCAGGUGAUUCUGGAGCUGCCCGAGCAGUCGGAGAAGCAGAAGGACGCCGUCGUGAGGCUCAUUCACCUUCGGCUCAAGCUCCAGGAGCUGAAGGACCCCAAUGAGGAUGAGCCCAACAUCCGAGUCCUCCUGGAGCACCGUUUCUACAAGGAGAAGAGCAAGAGUGUCAAGCAAACCUGUGACAAGUGUAACACCAUUAUCUGGGGGCUCAUUCAGACCUGGUACACCUGCACAGGGUGUUAUUACCGAUGUCACAGCAAGUGCUUGAACCUCAUCUCCAAGCCCUGUGUGCGCUCCAAAGUCAGCCACCAGGCUGAAUAUGAGCUGAACAUCUGCCCUGAGACAGGGCUGGACAGCCAAGAUUACCGUUGUGCGGAGUGCCGGGCGCCCAUCUCUCUGCGGGGCGUGCCCAGCGAGGCUCGGCAGUGUGACUAUACGGGCCAGUACUACUGCAGCCAUUGCCACUGGAAUGACCUGGCUGUCAUCCCUGCGCGCGUUGUGCACAACUGGGACUUUGAGCCCCGCAAGGUGUCCCGCUGCAGCAUGCGCUACCUGGCGCUGAUGGUGUCUCGGCCAGUGCUCAGGCUCCGAGAGAUCAACCCCCUGCUGUUCAACUAUGUGGAGGAGCUGGUGGAGAUCCGGAAAUUGCGUCAGGACAUCCUGCUCAUGAAGCCGUACUUCAUUACUUGCAAGGAGGCCAUGGAGGCUCGUCUGCUGCUGCAGCUCCAGGACCGGCAGCAUUUCGUGGAGAACGAUGAGAUGUACUCCGUGCAGGAUCUGCUGGACGCGCACACGGGCCGCCUCAGCUGCUCGCUCACGGAGACCCACACGCUCUUCGCCAAGCACAUCAAGCUGGACUGCGAGCGGUGUCAGGCCAAGGGCUUCGUGUGUGAGCUCUGCCGAGAGGGUGACGUGCUCUUCCCCUUCGACAGCCACACGUCCGUGUGCACCGACUGCUCUGCGGUCUUCCACAGAUCCGGGGUUAGACCCUGAUGUGUGUGACUACAUUUGAAGUUCCACUGGGAACAAGCCGCUGUGGGGCUGGGGAGGGGUGCAGCCCAGACCCCAGAUGUGCGCCUGGCGUCUCACUGGCUUCCCUUGUCCACCAGACCUGAGGUGUAGCAGAGGCCAGAGGUCCCUCAACUUUCCAGUUCCUGGCACCUCCAGUGUCUCAGUGAUUUUUUCAGACAUCCCUAGGCCAAAAGAAAUACCUAACAUUUUUACUAAGUACUUAGGCUCAAACAACAUAAGCAUUUAUGACAAAAAGACUUAGUGGAUGUUUGUAAAAAUCACACACAUACAUUGGAAGAAUCAUCAAUACAGUUACUAGUAAUAGAUGUGUGCCUGCGGGCCCUGCAUGAUGCCUCACCCUGGACUCAGACGGGCACCUCCCAUUUCUGUCCACGUGGACUUCUGUCAGGCACUUGCUGUCCGUCCUAGCACGCACUGACGUUGCAGACCGGGACUGCUGUCACAGAAAGGAUGGUAGGGAAAAGCGAACGCUCCAGCUGUCGAUUCUGUGGCCCAGCAGUCCCCAGGACCCCGUGCACCCCCGGGACCCCAGCGGAGGCUCUGUGCAGUGGUGGUAAGAACAGGUAGGGGAGCCGAGAGACCGAGAGCUCCAAGCAGAAGUCGGAUGGUAACCAGCUAGCAGGUGUGGACCCUGUAGGAGGGGCCUGCACUGAGGCACUCAACUCCAGGCCUGAGUGCACCUAGGUGCAGACCUGGCUCCUGCCCUCUGGGAGAAACUGCCUCUGUUUCCCCAUCUGUAGAAGGGGGAUAGAAGGGCCUGACCGAUGAAGUCUGGGAAAGCUCAGUGGUAGAAUUUCACAUGCAGAGAGCCCAGAUCCUUGCUGGGGCUGACCCCAACCCUCCCUGUCCCCAGGGACUGCUACUAUGACAACUCCACCACGUGUCCCAAAUGUGCUCGGCUCACCUUGCGGAAGCAGUCGCUCUUCCAGGAGCCUGGUCCAGACGUGGAACCCUAGAGCAACAGGCACCCCUCCCAGGCCUUUCUGGUAUCCAACCUGCUGGUCAUUGCCAAAGUCAAGGUGUUUCUUGUGUUCUGGAGACCCCUAGGGUGCAGCCUCUGGACCUCUCGCCUGUGCUGGGCCAGAGGGGUAUAAGCAGCACCGUGAGGACCAUCAUCCCUCUCUCAGGCACUUGCUGGGACUUCGGGCAGUCUCGCCUGGCUCUUUCCUGGGUGUGUUGCUGUGAAGGCUGCAGGGCUCCAUAAGAAGGGAAGUGGGGAAAGGCUUCUCACUGCCCCUGUGGCAAAGAGCCUUGGGGAGGCACUUGGGGCCAAGCCGCUGGGCUUUGGCCACCCUGACAACCCCGAGAGGGCUUUGGGGGAGUGGCUGACAAGCCCUGGGAAUGCUGGCUGCAGACACCCAGGCUUGGCCUGAGUUUUAUCUGCAAUGAAUGGUUUAGAUCUACCUGGAGGCCCCCAUCUCCUUAGCCCCUUGUGUGGGGACUUGUAGUUGGCCCCAACUGGGUUUGUUCACGACUGUCUCCCAAGGGCCCUGCUCCUGCCUCUCGAGGUUCUCUCUCCCUGGGUUCUCCUCCAACAGGGCCAGUCCAGGGGGUUCCCACUUCUGUACAACAUGGAGGGAAGGGGGCCGUGAAGCUCUUCCCCCUGGGUGGACCACUGCUCCUGCCUUUGCUCUGCAGUUUACCGUGCUCCAGACUGGGUGGUUGGGGGUCCAGUUGGAAGAAGCUGUCCUGUUUCCCAGUGUGGAGCAGGGACUGUGACCCUGCGGGGAGGUUCUAGGUUAGGCAACAGGGUUGGCUGCAGUUGGCCUAUUUGCCUGAGGAGCUCCAUGUGCCGGUGGAGGGCUCUGGACAGCUCACAGACCACCACCAGCCAGUGGUCUUUUGUUUGGGGGCCUGAGGUCAGGCACUGGGAAUAUUUACUUGGGAGCGUCAGGCAGGAAUCCCAGAGGGUGUGCAGAAAGACUGGGGCAUGGAAGGUAUGUAUACCAGCUGACGAAUGGAACCCCUGGACAGAGGAGGAGAACCCACAGCUCUUCACUGGGGGAGCCAGCAUUGGCCUCGGUAUUUGGAGGGAUGCUUCAUGCUCUAGAGACCCCGCCAUGGGGGGGGGGGCUGUGGGAAGAGGACGUUUCAGGAUGUGGCCCUCAGUCUUUCUUGCCCAGAUUGUGCUUGGCUGUCAUGUGCACGGUUGACAACGCGCAGUUGGGUGGUGGAACACAGCCACUUGGGUAUCCGUGACCUGUGACCGGCAGCAGAAAGGUCAGCCUAGCUUGCUGGCCGAUCAGAGGGGUGGAUAAAGAUAGUGUCCCCUCCUCCUCACUUCUCUGCACCAUCAGAGAAGCCUCACGUGGUGGCUGUAGGCAGCCCUCUUGCAGUGUGUUCUGAUCUGCCUCAGGGUAACGGUGAGAAGCAAACACUGGUGAAGUCGGGUCAAUGACAGGUCCCCGUCCUGCUUCCCCUUCCUCUCUGAGGCUGAAGAGGGGCUUAAGGGCCAAACGCCUUUUUCCUACACCCCCCAGAUCUGCACAUUUCGCACCACUGCGUUACAUUUCUGUCAUAAGGAUAUUGGCCAUUCCUGAAUCUUCUGUGUACUGGACACAUUAUUCCAGUUACAAUCACUGUGUCCAUAGGAAGCGUUAAUGUGCUGGCAUCUGCUGGACAAAGAGUUGGCUCCCUUUUCUUUUUAAUUACCCCCGUUUCCUCCUCCCCAAUAUUUCCACCUACCCUUUCUGAGUGGCAGAGUCUUUAAACAAAAUCAUGUGUGGAUCUUGGAGUCCACAGCACGGUACAAGAACCCAUCAAAGACCCAGUUUGCAUGGCCAGCCCUUCACAGGAGAACAGCAGGGAUAUCCCAUUGUAAUGAUGCCGCAGCUGCUGUCUCAUUAAAUCCGUGUUCUCUGGA